AUGUGGCAAAAUUUUUCAUUAGAUAAGUCUUUUGGUCCAAGUCCAUAUGGACUCCAAGAUAAUAUUCUGUCGAGUGAUUCUGCAGGAAAUUCUUCAAGUUACAAGUCAGCUCUAGAAUUUUUCCAACUACCUGAGAAUUACAAGCGUCAACAAAAUUAUAGACGAUUCCUCUCAUUAGACAACGUACUACCUUGGCCUUGUAAUCCUGAAGAAAUAUCAACUAUCAAUGUAAAUACCUCUGAAAAUUUCAAGAUGACAUCUGUUAUAGGGAAUGUAUCUGGAAUUUCUAAAACUUCAACAGCUGACUCUUCAUUUCUUAAUAUAUUCAGUACCUCACCAACUAAAAGCGAUGUUUCAACUGCUGCGCCAUCAGCUGGAAGAUCACCUAUUUGUGAUAUCUCUAUAAGUAGAGACCAUUUAAGUUCAAGAACAUCUCUCCUUAGCUCUUCUAGAGCUAGUUACUAUGACUCUUAUUCUAGAGAAGUCCCACCACUACCAUACAAAUGUUUUGAUAAUAAUCAAAUGAAUGAAUGUAACCUUGUGCAAAUCAAUAAUCUGAUAAAGGCCUUAAGUCCAUCAUGGGUUUUAUGUAUAGAUGUAGCUUCAAUUCUACUUACUAAUACUGACAAUAAAAUGGCUCUAAGCAAUAUUGGUCCGAAACUUUCAUGGUUUGCAAGGGAUGCCUUAAGACAAAUUAAACAAAAGAAAUUAUCAAGAUUUAUUAGGGACUACAAUACUUUAUUUGACAUUAGGAGGCCAUCACCUUCUCAUUCCGCCUUGUAUGUGACACUUAAAUUUCCUUUACCAGGGAUUGUAGAACAAUUUUUACCAAUUGUAAUACAACUGAGAAAAGCUGAAAAUGAGAAAGAACAAACUAUAAAUAAUAAUUUAAAUUAUUGGAGUAAUGGAGAGGAUAUCCGUGAAAAAAGUGACUCUAAUUUUUCAGAUAUUAAGAUGGAAAAUAGAUCAAGUAUACCAAAACGCAAGAAUACCGAAACAGACGACUCAAUCCGCAUUUAUGAAGAAAUUCCAAAUACUGUUAAAUCGCAACAAGCUUAUGAAUGUUGGCUAUGUGUUAGAGAAUUUGCAACUGUGUUGUUGCAUCAACCUACUCACACAAUGGAAUUGCGUGAAAUUGGAGUUUUGAUGUCACAGAAAGCAAAAAUACAAGCUAAGAGAAAUAGCGCAAAAAAAAAUUACAAAUCAUUUUUACUUUCAUAUCCAAAUCUCUUCAGAAUAUUUGGGAAAGAUGACAAUCAUUCAAUUCAGUGGAUUGGAACUUAUCAGGACUUUAUUAAACUGAAUUCUAUUAAAUAUGUACCACCACAGACAGAUGAAGAGCUUUUCAAUAUACCUACUUUAAAUCAAUCCCAUACUCAAUUCUUAUUUGGACUAAAUAAUGACUCGUCUUUAAUUGUGGAACCUUCUGAAAUAGAUUACUCUAACCCGGGUGAAUUUAGAAACUGUUCGAAUGUGGGCAAUCAAUGUUUCUUGUUUAAAUAA